AACAAUUUAUCCCCGUACCCUAACUCGCUGUCGUGAAACAAAUCCUAAAACAUUACCAAUAACCACGCACGCAACGGAAAAAUUGUGCUUUCUCAUAUUCUCUCUAGCUAGUUAGUGCUAGGGUUUACUUCAUUGUUUGCUGUUUCUGCCAUAAUCAGUUAGGCUUUUUCAAGCGAGUUAGACCGGUAAUUUGCUGAUCGGAGUGAUUUGCGAUGGGAGUGCCGGCUUUUUAUCGGUGGUUAGCGGAGAAGUAUCCGCUAGUGGUGGUUGAUGUGAUCGAAGAAGAACCGGUAGUUAUCGAAGGCGUUAGAAUUCCUGUGGAUACAAGUAAACCUAACCCUAACAACAUCGAAUAUGAUAAUUUAUAUCUCGAUAUGAACGGGAUUAUUCACCCCUGCUUUCACCCCGAAGACAGACCUUCACCGACUUCUUUCGGUGAGGUGUUCCAGUGUAUGUUUGAUUAUAUUGACAGGCUUUUCGUGAUGGUGAGGCCUCGAAAAUUGCUAUACAUGGCAAUUGAUGGAGUUGCACCACGGGCGAAAAUGAAUCAGCAACGGUCUAGGCGAUUUAGAGCAGCUAAAGAUGCAUCUGAUGCGGCCGCUGAAGAAGAAAGGCUAAGAGAGGAGUUUGAGAGGGAGGGCCGGAAGCUCCCCCCCAAGGAGACAUCUCAAACUUUUGAUUCCAAUGUUAUCACUCCUGGAACUGAAUUCAUGGCUGUUUUGUCAAUUGCAUUGCAGUACUAUAUUCAUCUUAGACUAAACUAUGAUCCUGGAUGGAAGAAAAUCAAGGUUGUUCUUUCUGAUGCAAAUGUUCCUGGUGAAGGGGAACACAAAGUCAUGUCCUAUAUCCGUCUUCAAAGAAACCUUCCUGGUUAUGAUCCAAAUACACGCCAUUGUCUGUAUGGUUUGGAUGCUGAUUUAAUUAUGUUGGCUUUGGCUACUCAUGAGGUUCAUUUUUCAAUUCUUCGAGAGAUUGUUUUCACUCCUGGACAACAAGACAAAUGCUUCAUAUGUGGUCAGGCAGGUCAUUUAGCAGCUGCUUGUGAAGGAAAAGCGAAGAGGAAGGCAGGAGAAUUUGAUGAGAAAGGCAAUGAUGUUGCUGUGCCCAAAAAACCAUACCAGUUUCUCAACAUUUGGACUCUUAGAGAGUAUUUGGAGUAUGAAUUCAGAAUUCCCAAUCCUCCGUUUGAGAUUGAUUUGGAACGUACCGUGGAUGAUUUUAUAUUCAUAUGUUUCUUUGUUGGCAAUGAUUUCCUGCCACACAUGCCCACAUUGGAGAUCCGCGAGGGUGCAAUCAACUUGCUGAUGGCUGUUUAUAAGAAGGAAUUUAGGGUGCUUGGUGGGUAUUUGACUGAUGGCAGCAAGCCAAAUUUAAGUAGAGUGGAGCAUUUUAUUCAAGCUGUGGGUGCAUAUGAAGAUAAAAUAUUUCAGAAAAGAGCACGAUUGCACCAGCGCCAGGCAGAAAGAAUUAAGCGUGAAAAGACACAGGCAAGAAGAGGUGAUGAUGCGCAGCCUCAACAUCAACCUGAAUCUUUGGUUGCAGUCACACAAUUUCGUGGUUCUCGUCUUGCUUCAGCUCCUACACCUUCACCAUAUCAGGAUGAUGGGGCACAUUCUCAGACAUCUGAUGGUAAAGGAUCUUCUGUUCGGAGCCGUAAAGUUGCACGUUUGUCUUCAACAGCCAAUAUUGGUGCUGCCAUUGUUGAGGCAGAGAAUUGUCUGGAAAUAGAAGCACAUGAAAACAAAGAAGAAUUGAAAACUAAGCUUAAGGAGUCGCUUCGCGAGAAAUCUGAUGUUUUUAACUCAAAGAAUCAUGAAGAAGACAAGGUCAAAUUGGGAGAACCAGGGUGGAAAGAAAGAUAUUAUGAAGAGAAGUUUUCGGCAAAAUCUCUUGACGAAAUGGAAGCUGUACGAAGAGAUGUUGUUUUGAGAUAUACGGAAGGGCUGUGUUGGGUCAUGCAUUAUUAUUAUGAAGGCGUUUGUUCUUGGCAGUGGUUUUAUCCCUAUCACUAUGCGCCCUUUGCUUCAGAUCUCACAGAUCUUGGUCAACUGAACAUCAGUUUUGAACUUGGUUCACCAUUCAAACCAUUCAACCAGCUUUUGGGAGUUUUCCCUGCAGCAAGUUCCCAUGCUCUCCCUGUGCAUUAUAGGAAAUUAAUGACGGAUCCAAAUUCACCUAUUUUUGAUUUUUACCCUACUGAUUUUGAAGUGGACAUGAAUGGGAAACGAUUUGCAUGGCAGGGUAUUGCAAAGCUUCCCUUCAUUGAUGAAGCUCGUCUUCUUGCGGAGGUCCAAAAGAUUGAGCACACAUUAACGGAGGAAGAAGCAAGGAGAAACAGUAUGAUGUUUGACAUGCUUUUUGUGUCAUCAUCUCACUCUCUCUCUGAGAGCAUAUAUUUGCUCGAUAAUCAUUGCAAACAAUUAACAGACAAGGAACGAGUUGAAGUCAAGGAGCGUAUCAAUCCUGAGUUGAGGCCUACAUGCAGUGAUGGGAUGAAUGGCUAUUUAUCUCCCUGUGCUGGAGAUACUCAUCCUCCUAUAUUCAGGUCUCCAGUUGUAGGCAUGGAAGACAUUUUGGCCAAUGAAGUCAUAUGUGUUAUAUACAGACUUCCUGAUCCACACAAACACAUCACUUAUCCACCUGUUGGUGUUAUAUUCCCCAAAAAGAUUGUGGAUCAGGGCGAUCUGAAACCUGACCCAGUUUUAUGGCACGAGGAAUCUGGGAGGAGGCCUUGGGAAAAUGACAGGCGAAAUCCCCAUGGAAAUUCCCAUGGAACCAUCGCUGGGCGUCAUCUUGGGGAGGCAUCGCAUCGACUUGUUGCCAACAGUCUACACCUGAAAGGGGAUCGCAAUGGGUAUAACAAUCAUAUGCAUGGCCCACCACAACCUUACAUUGCAGCUCCCCGUGGCCCACCACUCACUUCCUAUUCAAGUGGGUUGCACAAUCAGGGACCCCAUGGAACUUUGCGUCCUAGAGUGGAUUAUUCUCAUGCAGGUUAUCCCCGAUCUACAAGUCCUCGUAUGCCACCUCACCAUGACCGUGGAUACGUUGAACCCUAUGCUUCGGCAGGACCCAACCCCUCGUAUAGUGGUAGGCUUCCCCAGUAUGAAAGUGAGAACCGAUCAGGCGGGCACCAUCCAAGGCAUGAAUUUCAUCAGAAUGGUGGACCAAGGUACCCGAAUGGGCCUGGGACACACAUAUCAGCCGGGCCCACUACAUAUGCUUAUCAAGGUGGUUAUGAUGCCAGUCCCCAGCCACCUGGAGUUGGUAGUCACCAGCAAUGGGGUGGUAGGUUUCCCCCACCAGCCAACCAUAACAAUCCCAGAGGUUUUGGUCACCAUCAACAAAGUGGCAACCGAUUUUCAUCGUUGGAUUCUAGAGGAAAUAAAAUGCCACCACAACAUGGCGGAGCAAAUAGGAGACAACCACCACCUAGUGGAACAUACAGGGGGGCACAGCAAUCACCUCCUGGCGGAGCCAGUCGGAGGCCCCAUCCACCAGCUGGAUAUGGUCACCAGUAAAGCUGUGUAUCUUAUAACAGAAAGGUCCUUUGAUUGCUGUACAAUAGUUGUUUCCCCCCAGCGCUUCUCACAGUUUUCCCAUUCCAUUACAAUCAGUUAAUUUGUUGGGCAUUACCAUUUCUAGAAUGUUGUAUUGUAUUUUAUUUUGGAUGGCCGCGUAACAUUUUAGUAAUAA